AUGCCACCCAAAAAGCCUAUUAGAACAAGUGGCGGCGCGAGGUUUCUGGACGCAAUCGAGAAUUUCCUGAAGAAUCCGUCCAAUAACACCACUUCUCUCUGUAAGACUGGAAUCGAGCUGCUGAACGCAGCGCGAGAUGUGGUGUUGCGCGGAGAACAACUUGAAGUGGCAAACAACCUCGACAUCUUCAGCCCCAUUAUCUUCUCGUUACCACACACGGAGUUCCACCUGGAUUUGAUCGCCUACCUGUUUGCCUAUUGCUCCGUGCACUCCGGAUUGUCGAAAUUGGCCCAAGUGUUUGCACAUCGAGCGACAAAUGAUCCCAAAGUGAUCGAAAAACUCAGAUCUUUAUGUCAAGGUUCCGAAACUUCGUAUGCGCCUGGGUUCUAUACGGUCAUCAAAAUUCUAGACCAGUUCCCGACAAUCGACGCAAAAAUUGCGGGGUUUUUAGAUAUGCGCCUGAGUCACGUCCUGGUCAACGCUUGGAUCCCGCUUUGGGAUUACAAGGCGUCAUCGACUGAACCGCUAGCAGAAAGCUUCAUCUCACGAAACGUGCUUUUCGCAUCGACAAACGAUGCCCUUCUCGAGUUUUUGAUCGCAGCCGAAAGCCGCGCUGUGUCGCAGUGGCGGGAUCUCGAAGACAUCAAAUCCAAGGCUACGCAUUAUUUCAUCACGGUCGUGGCAACGCGUACAGUCGAAGUGGCACGUUUCGUUUCCGCUGAAUUUCUCCAAUUCGCCUCGACACAUUUGACCCACUGCUUCCACAACGACAGUGUUGAGAGGGCGAAAACCGAUGUCUUUCUUAAUCUGCAAGUGUUGAUGGAGAUAGUUGAUCAUAAGGAUAUCAAUUUUUGCGAAGAAUCCCACUUAGCACUGCUAUUAAACGUUUCCCUUCAAAAUCUGUACCGGAUGUGCCGCGAUGGCAAGAUUUGUGCAAUCCACAGUGCAUUAGGAAAACUAGGAUCAACUCAAUCUCUUCCUGCGCUGAUCCUCAUCGCUGCCUAUGUGAUCGGGAAGUUUAUCGUUAGUGUUGGAAACACGGUACUUUUCGCGGAACCCAUAGCUUACGGGAAAACCGUGAGAGCUGUGCGAGACCUCAGUUACGGAUUACCGCCAUUUUUUGAAGAUGUCUUACCAAAACAUUCUCCCAUUCCAAAGUCCUCGUUUACCUUUGAUAAAAGCAAAAGUACCGACCAGGAAAAGCCCCUCGUAAGCUAUUCUAAGAUCACGGCGGACUUGCUGGACAUUCUCAGGCUGCUAUUCCUGAUCACCAAAGAGCUUUUGGGAGAAUAUGGCAAACUGAUUUCUUUCGAAUUGCCUAAGAGAAAGAACGCCAGUCAGAUUACCUCUAGUUUGGAGCUUAAGUUUCAAUGCACUUUUCUGAAACUAUAUUUCAUCUCAACUUCAGUCGCCCUGGUUGUUUCAGAACAGCUUACCGACCAAAAAAGCCAUGCUACGAUGAUUGGUGAAAAACAAGCACUAAUUUAUAGUAAAGUGCUGGAGCUUAACUCCUCGGACUGUGUCGCUGCCAUUUUCGAGACAUUUGAGGGAUUCGCAUUGUAUCAGUUCGUCAGUUUUUCGAAACUCGUCUCGAGCACAGACCUGCUGCUCCAAAGGAAGCACAUUGAGCUCAUCGAGAAUUUAGCCUCUAAAGAAGAGAGCGUUAAAAUUGUCGCGAAUUGUCUGACUGAUGAGUUGGCUUCCAACUCAUUCAAGAAGUAUAUUCAACUCAAGAACGACGGUUCGGCCCAUUUCAAGCCAAUUUACGCCAAUUUGCUCAAGAUGGAACAGCCUAAGGUGGAAACAAAAAAAAUUGCAAUUCGCAGUCUAGAGUUGCUUAUCAAAAGAGCAUAUCCGGAAGCAGAAGCGCGAGAAGAGUCUCAAAACAAAAAUUCCGGCUUAACGACUCAGAAAAUGGAGGUGUCAGCUACGAACGCGCAGAAAAACAGUUUCAAAUUCAAUGCGAACGCUUCCUCCUUUAUCCCAAACGACAGCGGCCCUGCCCUGAUCCAAAGACAGAUUCCUGAGACCGACUCUCACGAAUUCCUAUCACAGGCCCAACGACAAACGCUACGACCACCGAACAAUAACUCCAAUUACCGUUUGCCCUCAAAUCGUAAUUUUGCCACGGAACCCUCUCACUCAAACUAUCAGCAUGUGAACUAUGACCAAAAAUUCUCGAAACAAAUAGACCCUUCGAACUUGUGGAACAACAAACAAUUGGGAGAUCAAACACAGCAACAUCGCAGUAUUAAUUCUGCAUCCGUUAACACCGGCAAAAACUAUAUCCUUAGUGGAUUUAACUGGGCGUCGAACAACAGUAAACCCAAAUCAGUCCACGUUGACAUGUUCGACAAUCACUCCUGA